UCUAUAUGACACCGAACCAAUCAUGAUGCGGUCAUUUCCAUUCAAAGGCCUCACCUUUUCAACGACAAAUCCUCCCAAAUAUUUCCACAUCGCCAUCCGGACUCUCCACUCCCUCUGCUCAAUUGAGCGCCGAUUCCCUUCCACCAUGCUGUCCAGGACAACAACCCCGACGGCAGCCUCUGCGAAGGCCCUGUCGCGUAUCGCCUUACCGUCCUGUUCCAGAUUACCACAGACCUCUUCGUCCCAGCAGAACCGAAGCUUCGCGACCGUACAAGAGGGAACUCCGAAACGAACCUAUGGCGGCCUCAAAGAUCAAGAUCGCAUAUUCCAAAACCUUUACGGCCGAUACCCCGCCGACUUGAAGUCUGCUAAGCGAAUGGGAGAUUGGCAUAAGACGAAGGAGAUUAUUCUAAAAGGCCAUGAUUGGAUUAUUAGUGAGAUUAAAGCUUCGGGCCUACGAGGUAGAGGAGGAGCUGGUUUCCCUUCUGGCUUAAAAUGGUCAUUUAUGAACUUCAAGGAUUGGGAUAAGGACACGAAACCGCGAUAUCUUGUCGUCAACGCCGAUGAAGGCGAGCCCGGAACAUGCAAGGACCGAGAAAUUAUGCGAAAGGACCCUCACAAACUUAUCGAAGGAUGUUUAGUCGCUGGUCGAGCCAUGAAUGCAACCGCUGCUUAUAUCUACAUCCGUGGCGAAUUUAUCCUCGAAGCCGCCGUCUUACAGCAAGCCAUCAACGAAGCCUACGCUGACGGAUUAAUUGGUCGAAACGCCUGCGGUUCCGGUUACGACUUCGAUGUAUACCUACACCGUGGUGCCGGUGCCUACGUCUGUGGUGAAGAAACAUCACUUAUCGAAUCGUUAGAAGGCAAGCCUGGAAAGCCCCGUCUAAAGCCUCCAUUCCCCGCCGCGGUCGGUGUGUUCGGAUGCCCUUCCACUGUCGCCAAUGUCGAGACCGUCGCAGUUGCUCCCACAAUUUGCAGAAGAGGUGGUAACUGGUUCGCCGGUUUUGGCCGAGAACGGAACCAAGGAACCAAGCUGUUCUGUAUUUCCGGUCACGUCAACAACCCCGCAACCGUUGAGGAGGAGAUGAGCAUUCCCUUACGAGAACUUAUCGAGAAGCACUGCGGUGGCGUCCGAGGCGGGUGGGACAACCUGCUUGCCAUCAUCCCUGGUGGUUCUUCUACUCCUAUUCUACCUAAGCACAUCUGCGACGACCAAUUGAUGGACUUCGAUGCGUUGAAGGACAGCCAAUCGGGUCUCGGUACCGCUGCUGUUAUCGUCUUAAACAAGAGCGCCGACGUCGUUCGAGCUAUCUCCCGACUAAGUCAUUUCUACCGACACGAAUCCUGUGGACAGUGCACACCUUGCCGAGAGGGUAGCAAGUGGACUGAGCAAAUCAUGAGCCGUUUCGAGAAGGGAAUGGGCCGUGAACGUGAGAUUGAUAUGUUGCAAGAGUUAACAAAACAAGUUGAGGGCCACACAAUUUGCGCUUUGGGUGAGGCUUUCGCCUGGCCUAUCCAAGGCCUAAUCCGACAUUUCCGACCGGAGUUGGAGGCGAGGAUGCAGAAGUACGCUGCUGAGCAUGGCGGUGCUCAAGCUUUGGCUGGUGGAUGGAACCCCGAUGCCCGAGCACAAGGCAAAUUAGUUGCCCCGGGUCAAUAAACUAAAUCACCGGAGUGGAUCGUCUCGUUAUAAUAUACAGCUAGACGGCGUAAUUCGAAAGGGUAAAAAGAAUUACAUACCUAUUGUACACCAUUACAACAACUCGUUAUUUUGUACAUAUCCACACAAAGGUAGUGCUCAACUAUUCCUAAAUACCUAUCUAU